AUUAGUAAUGAGCCGAAGGUCGAGUAUUGAUAUUAGUGGAAGCAGUCCCUUCGGUUCAACAUAUAGAACACCCUGUCCUACCAGGCACAUGAUGGUUCCUAGAAAGCAGUCUGCUAGUCUAGGAAAGGGAGGAAUACUCUACGGAAGCCAAGAAUCUCUCUGCCCAAGUUAUCUGAACUCGUAUCAGAAUUCCAACAAACAAACACGAGGAAUCAGAUCCCCGUCUCUCCCUCGGGAAACUAGAAUAGAUCCUAGUUUAAUAUAUCGGCAUCCUGAACCUAGAAGAGAUGCAAGGAGUAGACGCUGCCUUUCAGAGGACAGAGACAAUAUGGGAGUAGGUGUAGGAUGGAGAGGAUCAGGGGGACGAUCAAUGCACUCCAGUAGGAACAAUCUUACUGAAGAUGCUUUCAGGUUUCUUCCUCCAGAUUCUCUAAAUCAAAAUGAGCCUCCCAGACUUCUCCUAAAAAAGAGUCCUGGUCUUACUCUUGGGGAUAGAUUGAAAAGUGAUGAUGAGCAUGGUGGUGAAGCAACUGGAAAUGAGCAGAGAAAAAAGAAGUCAUCAAUGUCGGCUGAGGAUAAGUUAAGACGUGAAGACCAGGUUGUUGAGUUGGUCAAGAGACUUGAUAAUAUUGUUCAGCUGCUAAGUCAGGUACAGCAUGAAGCAGAAAAACUUAUAAAUCAUCAAGCAGAGUCAGAGGAUUUUCAAAAGCAAAUGAAGAAGGAGACUGAAGGCUAUGAUCUGCAACGAGGAGCAUAUAGAAUACUUGAUGCCCUUGAUGGAGACCGUCGAGAACUUACGAGACUUCAGAAAAAGGCAGUUGAGAUGAGAAGAAGGCAGCUCAACGGAAUAGAACUAGAUGGAGAAGAGGAGGAAUUGAGAGCCUUGAUCAUGGGAGCAUCUGAUUUAGAAAAGAAGCUUCUAAGAGCUUUGGACGAAAUCACACGUCUUACAGACAAAACUAACAAACUGAUAAAAAGACAACAAGAAAUUGACGAGCUGAGGCGGUUAAAGCUACAAGAACAAGCUGAAAAAAAUGGCGCAUUACAACUGAUCAUAAAAGAUAUGGAAAUGUUGGACAAAAUUCUUAGAGAUUUAACAGAAGUUCGCAAGCAGUACAUACAAGCAGAAGGAGUGCACAGAAACAUUCAAAAGUUUAUAUCAAAAGAUGAAACGGAUGAAAUGGACACGGAUGAUAUGAUCCUGGAAUCCAUUCGAGUAGACACACAAACUGCCACAGAUGAUAUUCUUAAAACUAGAGAGGAAAUUCAAAAAGUAACAGAUAACUUUGCCCUAGAACUUGAUGAAGAUAUAGAUAUUGUAGGUGAGGCCGAGCUUCUUGAAUUCAAAAUAAAUGAGACCAAGGAAGUUGUGAAACGUUUAGGAACAGAAGUUGAAGAAUUCAUGAUUAACCAGAACGAACGCUAUAUGGAAAUGAUGAAACUGAAAGCCCAACGUGAAGAUGAGCAAAAAAAUAAACAAGAACAAGAAAAACGUCUUAAGCAGAUUGAAGAAAUGGAAAGAUUGAAGAAAGAAACUGAAAGACUACUUGAAGAAGAAGAAAUCAAGAAACGAAAAGAACUUGAGAAGUUGCAAGCUAAAGCCAUGGAGAAACAGUUGUUACAAGCAAAGGAAGAAGAGGAUGAAAGAAAGAAAAGACUGGAAGAGGAAGCAAAUAAGGAGAAAAUGAAGAUAAAAAUGGAUCAGUUACAAAAGCUGCUUGAUCAAGAAGCAGAGAAAAAUAUGACGAAGCAGAGAGAAGAAAUUUUGAAUAUUCUGGAAGGUGACACAUUUGAAUUGGAAAAAAUGAAAGAUGAAGUUCUUAUUCUUGUUGAUAAACAGAAGAAGAUUGAAGUUACAAGACGAAGACGAAGAAAGCUCUACACAAUUCCUGAAGAAGAAGAAAUUGAUGAUGAAGCAGAACUGAAAAAUCUAGCUGACAAAACAACCAUGCUUUUUCAAGCUUUGCAAAAUAGUAAGAAUGAAAUCAUGAAACUCAAACAUGCAAUAGAAAUUUGCAUUCCGGAGGACAUGCUGGAAGAUAUAAUGGGGUUUGAAAAUAGCUUAAAAACCAGGUCUGAAGAAUUGAGUGAUUUAGUCUCUGACACAGAUAAAUGUGAAAACAAACAUCUUAGAAGGCUCCAAGAAGGAGAAAAAGCCCUAGAAGAUGAAGAGAAUAGAAACAAAGACAUGAAAAAUAGUAAAGAUAAAGUUGAUCAGAUGAAGAAUGACAUUGACCUACUCAAGUUUAGAAAAUCAGCACUGGAGAAAGGAAUUCACCAAUCUAAAGCAACUGAAGAGAAUGAAAAGAAAGAAAUCUUGGAUAAACUUAAGACUCAAGAUGCAAAUAUGAUGAAAUUAGAAGAUUCUUUGUUUGAUACCAUUAAACAGUUGGAAGAAUGGAAAGAUUUUACUUGGAAUGAAGAAUUUGAAACUGAAAUGAACAAGUAUGGUUUGAUCGGUUCAUCAGCCAUUCCUUCCUUUCCUGAUUACUUAAUUCAAAAUCCAGAACUAAUGGCUGCCAUCAACGAAAGAAAAAGGCAGCUUGAAUUGAUUAAACAAAAAAUAGCCAGUGACGAGAGAAAAAUGAAGGAAAUUGAGGAGAUACUUGAGGAAAUGGAGAGGCGGCAAAAGGAAGCAGAAUUAAAAAGGCUGGCAGAGCAAACCCUGGAGUGGACUAAAGAUUUUAUACCCUCAGGAUCUGUGGAAUUCGGAGCAAUGCCAGUUUUUAGGUCCGGCUACACCAUUGAUCCUGAAGAGGCCCGAAGUAGGAGAGCUUCAAGAAUACAAUCCAGGGAAUCUUCUGUUGUCCCUGUUGAGGAAUUAGGGGCUUUACGAGGUUAUGAUGAUAUUCUUCUUGGAUAUGGAGCCAGAUCCAGACAACAAUCAUUGGACAGAGCUCACCACACAAAUACAAACGAGAAAAGAUCUAACAGACGGUCCUGUGUGCUGGAGUCUGCUAUAAAGGUUGAUGCACUCAAGGUUAACUCAGAGUUGGAUGAAACUAAACCUGAAUCUGAAAAUAAGAUGGAAGAGCCACGAGGAAGAAGAAAAUAUAAGAAAAGCAGUCCAUUUCAGCUGGUGAAUAAUAAAUCUACAGAAGGAAUUAGAAAACCCCCAGCUGGUAAAUAAUGAAUCUACAGAAGGAAUUAGAAACCCCCCAGCUGGUGAAUAAUGAAUCUACAGAAGGAAUUAGAAACCCUCCAGCUGGUGAAUAAUGAAUCUACAGAAGGAAUUAGAAACCCUCCAGCUGGUAAAUAAUGAAUCUACAGAAGGAAUUAGAAAACCCCCAGCUGUUAAAUAAUAAAUCUACAGAAGGAAUUAGAAAACCCCAAACUGGUGAAUAAUUAAUCUACAGAAGGAAUUAGAAUACCUCCCAGCUGGUAAAUAAUGAAUCUACAGAAAGAAUUAGAAAUGCCCCAGCUGGUAAAUAAUGAAUCUACAGACGGAAUUAGAAACCCCCCAGCUGGUAAAUAAUGAAUCUACAAAAGGAAUUAGAAACCCCCCAGCUGGUAAACAAUGAAUCUACAGAAAGAAUUAGAAACCCCCCAGCUGGUAAACAAUGAAUCUACAGAAAGAAUUAGAAACCCCCCAGCUGGUAAAUAAUAAAUCUACAGAAGGAAUUAGAAAACCCCCAGCUGAUAAAUAAUAAAUCUACAGAAGGAAUUAGAUUACCCCCCAGCUGGUAAAUAAUGAAUCUACAGAAAGAAUUAGAAAUGCCCCAGCUGGUAAAUAAUGAAUCUACAGACGGAAUUAGAAACCCCCCAGCUGGUAAAUAAUGAAUCUACAAAAGGAAUUAGAAACCCCCCCAGUUGGUAAACAAUGAAUCUACAGAAAGAAUUAGAAACCCCCCCAGCUGCU